AUGGGACGCAGCGCAAGUCGGAGCCGCGACGGGGCAGCCAGCAAUGGAAAAGACAAGGGCGGCGACGGCAAACGUGAGAAAGGCACUAUUAACACAUGGAACAACGACAGGCAGUUCGGUUUUGUUUCCUGCGAUAGCGGCCGCCAAGAUCUCUUCACCCAUGCCGAGUACAUUACGGACACCAAUGCCCGCUACGAUGCCAAGACCAGGGGGUUGCGUCGCGGCGACAGGAUUGCCUUUGACGUAGAGGAGCCGCAAGGAAGUAAGAAGAGCAUGCAGGCCGUGAAUGUGGAGAUCCUUGACCUUGUGAAACGUUCCCGUAGCCCUUCGCGGCGCCGAAGCCGCAGCCGUGGCCGUGGAGGUGGAGGUGGAGGACGUGGGCGUUCCAGGUCGCGAGGCCGCAACACGCGACCCAAAGAACAAAGGGCGGGGGACUGGGAGUGUCCCAAGUGUGGCGAUUACCAAUUUGCCAGGAAUACGGAGUGUCGGAAGUGUGGUGCUAAGCCCCGCUCCGCUCGUUCCGACUCACGGAAACCGGCCAAGCGCGGUGACUCCCGCAGGCGCAGUCCGCCGCCGCGCCGCCGCAGUAACAGCCGCCGCAGUGACAGCCGCCGUCGAAGGAGCCCGGGACGCUGA